UUUACGACGACAGAUUUGUUCCAACUCACAAAACGCCAGCAACAAGUGGUCAAAACUAACUGAUCGAGAUUUUUUGUCCCUUCAGUAAACUACAUCUGUUUCCCCGAUUAUUGCCUAAAACCAAAAAAGGAACGGUUUAAAAGUAGCCUUGUCAGAAACCGAGCAGAGAAACCAACACCGGGACAGCUGGAAACUCUACUCGUGUGUGGGACCGUGCUGUCAGCAUGACGGAGAAGUCCUCACUGGAUUGCCCUGAGGACAGAUCCUGGCUGGGGGAGGGUCAGUCUGAAGCUCAGCUGACAAGCGUCUCUGGUCCUGAUGGAGCUGAGACAAAUGACGACCGACCGGCCUGGGACUCUAAGAUCCAGUACGUGUUGGCCCAGGUGGGGUUCAGUGUGGGAUUAGGCAAUGUGUGGAGGUUUCCAUAUCUUUGCCAUCAAAAUGGAGGAGGGGCCUUCAUGCUGCUAUAUGUUUUUCUUUUACUGAUUGUGGGAGUCCCACUGUUUUUUAUGGAGCUGGCUGCAGGCCAAAGCAUCCGACAGGGCAGCAUCGGCGUGUGGAAGCACAUCUCCCCAAAGCUGGCGGGGAUAGGCUACUCCAGCUGCAUGGUCUGCUUUUACGUUGCUCUUUACUACAAUGUCAUCAUUGCAUGGAGCCUCUUCUACAUGGGGAAUUCUUUUCAGUAUCCUCUGCCAUGGCAGCAGUGUCCAAUUGAUGUGACCACCAAUGACACAGUGAAGGAAUGUGCAAGUAGCUCCCCAACGUCGUUCUUCUGGUUUCGGAAAGCUCUCAACAUCACAAACUCCAUCGAAGAAUCUGGAGAGUUUAAUGCUAUCAUGACGGGAUGUUUAUUGGCCGCUUGGUCCAUCGUCUCAUUGGCUAUGAUCAAAGGCAUCAAGUCUUCUGCAAAGGUGAUGUACUUUUCCUCAGUUUUUCCCUAUGUGGUGCUUUUUAUUUUCCUCAUCAGAGGGUUGAUGUUGGACGGAGCCAUAGAAGGAAUCACCUACAUGUUUUAUCCAAAACUGGAGAUUUGGGGGAAUGUGCAGGUGUGGCGGCAGGCAGCCACUCAGGUGUUUUUCGCCCUCGGUUUGGGCUACGGCUCCAUUAUCGCAUAUUCCUCCUACAAUCCAGUCCACAACAACUGCCACAGGGACGCACUGAUGGUCUCUGGGAUCAACUUCAUGACAUCUGUGUUGGCCUCGCUGGUGGUUUUCAUUGUGCUGGGUUUCCGUGCUAAGAACAUCGCACUCCGCUGUGUGGCUAAGAAUCUCGGUCUGUUAAAUCUCAUGGCGUCCUCCAAUGACUCCAGCCAGCACUGGUGGCCCUGGUUCAACAUGACGGAUCCAGACUCUGUGUCUAUUCCUGAAUACAGAGAGUGGUACAGUCACUACAGCUCCAUGGUGGGUCCUAAAAUCACUGACUGCAACCUGGAGGAGGAGAUGAAUAAGGGUGUUGAAGGGACGGGCUUGGCAUUCAUAGCAUUUACUGAGGUAAUGGCGCUCUUCCCAGCCAGCCCCUUCUGGUCCACACUCUUCUUCCUGAUGCUGCUCAACCUGGGCCUCAGCACUAUGUUCGGGACCAUGCAGGGAAUCCUCACACCUCUCAUGGACAAUUUUAGCCUCUUGGGACGCCACAGGACCCUCCUCACCGUGUCCAGCUGUGCUUUGGGUUUCAUAAUUGGAUUAUUGUUCACCCAACGCUCUGGCAACUAUUUUGUGACCAUGUUUGAUGACUACUCUGCGACCCUACCAUUAGUCAUUGUGGUCAUUUUUGAAACUGUCAGUGUGGCGUGGGUUUACGGAACAGAUCGCUUCCUGGAUGAUAUUGAAGUCAUGCUCAAAUGGCGCCCUCCAGUGGUUUACAAGUAUCUGUGGAAAUAUGUCUGUUUACUGGCCAUGGUUGGACUCCUGGUUGCCAGUUUUCUGCGGAUGGUUUUCAAAAGGCCCACGUACACCGCCUGGAAUCAAAGCACAGCCUCUGAGAUGACCCUAGAGUACCCCGGCUGGGCCCUGGCGAUGAUCGUCAUGCUCAUACUCUUGGCCAGCCUGCCUGUUCCUAUUGGCUAUAUCCAUUCCAUGUUGAAGAACCGCCAGGUCCGUCACUCUCCGUCCCUCGAGGCCGGCGUUGGCCAGGAGUUGCACCGUGAGCUGUACACCAAGUGCAGCUCCACGGACCAACUGGACUCCAACUCUCACCGAGCCCCAACUGAGGAGGACGGGGUUCAUCCCAGACCGGCCUUCCUGCUGAUGGCUGGCGAACACUACCGGCUCCUGCCCCAGCAGGAGGAGGAGGAGGAGGAGGAGGAGGAGGAGCAGGAUACAGGGCUGUGAGUGAGCUGUUUGUGAAAAGACAAAAUUCUGAACCUCUGAGCAUGCAAGAAGGACAUCACAGCAUUAUUGUUUGGGUUGUUUUCUAUCUUUAUACUCUGUAAACUGUUAACAAACCAAAGUUAUUUGAACUAUUUAUAUUAUUGAUGGUGCCUUAUCAGUCAAAAACAACUCCCCUACCUUCAUUUUCUGAACCACCGAUGCUGUCCAGAGGAUUAAAAACUCUCUCAAAGACACGAAAAAGGCAAAAAGGCUGCUGAAUUUGGUGUAAGUGAUAAUUGGUGGAAGGUUUUAGAGCCGUAUACUGACCAGUGAACGUAAGUUUGUGCAGCCUGACUUCAUGCAGGAGUCAUAACUGAAUUGUGGAUUGCAGCAACUGACAAAAUCCACUUUAUUUUUAGCUACAUGACAAGUAUGGAUAUGCAUGCAAACAUUCUACCUGGAGAAACUGUGAUGUGUUUGUACACCUGUCUGUGUGUGUAUGAGUGAGAGUGUGUUACUGUCAGUGAAAUGAGAAAUGUUCAUGUUAUUUUUUAUUUGUGUAAAUUUACCUCAUAAGACCACAGCAAUGUUUUUACAUGUGUUCACACAAAGUGCUCAGUGUAGCAGUGCUGUACUGUACUAGAUUGAAACUUAAAUAAACCUCUAGAUGGCAGCAAA